AUGAAACAUUUCUUUAUCGAUGAUCGGCUCAUGUGCUUAGCUCCUAAGGGUCGCGGUAAAGGUACAAAAUCAUCAUAUCGUCUAAAAUUACGUGAUGCCAACAAAACAGCUCAAACAUCAUCUACGAAAUAUGAUAUGAACGAUUGUUUGCUGGAAAGUGAAAAUUUCCAAAUCACGAAAUCAGAUAACAACAAAUAUUUGCUGCUGCCGGUGAAGAAGCAACAACAGGCUGAGAAGUUUGUGCUGAAAGAAUGCGAGCUCGUUCCAGUCAUCAAACGUCCGCCAGUGAAAGUGACACCAAAAGCUGAUAAAUCUGCCAUUUCGAUCGUUCAAAAAGUGCCAGAACAAACUUCCACACCCGUCACCGAGGAGAAGAAGGUUGUAAAAACCAAUCACCCACGCAUUAAAUACUCACGUCAUAAGAAUCCAACAUUUGCCGCUACCCCUCCAUUGACACAAACUAUUCAAGUACAACCGCCUGUUCGAACGACUCAAGUGUUAUCAGAUGGAAAGAAAAUUGAAUACAUCAGUGUGACGACAGUUAAGCCCGCCGAGCCGAUCGCGAAGCCAAUCAUAAUCCCUUCAACAAACAAUCAGCAAUACGUCAUUCAAGCGGUCCCGACCAAUACAAAUACAAACACAAGUACCAAUCAACAAGUGACUGAGUAUGAAGUAUCAGCAACAAACACAAGCAAUCAAAGCAAUGAUUUUCCUAAUGAAAUGAUGGAUGAUUUAGAAUAUGGCAUCGAUGACAUUGAAUUACCCGAAGAUGUACAGAUUCACUUCAGUGAUUCGUAUAAGAGUGAAGACACGGAACAUACUGGACGAGAUUCUGCCGGCGUGAAGAAGUAUUAUGCAGCAGUUAGUGACAACUCGAUGGCAAGUGAUGGUGAAGAAGCUGGGCGACAAUAUGAAUGUCGUCAUUGUGGCAAACGUUAUCGUUGGAAGUCAACUUUGCGUCGUCAUGAGAAUGUUGAAUGUGGUGGAAAGGAAGCUUGUCAUCAAUGUCCAUAUUGCAGCUAUAAAGCGAAGCAACGUGGUAAUUUAGGGGUUCAUAUUCGAAAGCAUCAUGCCGACAAGCCUCCAUUAGAAACACGACGCAAUAAAAAAGGAAACCAAACAGCUUAAAUUUGCUGCGUUUCAUGAGAUUUCCCCACGAAAAUUAAAAAAAAAAUUGAGCCAAAAAACAUAAAACUCUGAAAUUUGCGCGCUUCAUUUCUUUUUAUUCAAUAAUAUUAAUUAAAAUAUUAAUUUUCUUUCCUAUUUUUAAUGAGAAUCAACUUUUGUCUUAAUUAAUCAUCAUUUAAGAAGAAUAAUUUACGCGUGUGCUGCUUAUAAACUACAAAUUAGAUUUUAUUUCUUCGCAAUGUACAUUUGCGAAGCAUUUUUCAUCUAAUACAUAAUUCAUUCGUUUGAUUUCAACAUAAUUUUCUCUUUCAUUACUUUGUGUCUUUAUAAUUAAGAUUUUCAUUACUUUUAAUUGAAAAUUUAAAUGAUGACGUAACAUGAUUGAAAUUACAGGAUGGAAGGUAGAAAUAGAAAGAAACUUGAUGCAUUUUUGACGUUUAAUUAAACAAUAUUUUGAGAUGAUUCAUUAAUUAAUUACUUGUUCGAAAACAGUUUAAGAUUUUCCGCAAAAAUGAAAGAGAGAAACAUAAUAAUUUUUUGCUGCUUAAUUUCAUGAUUGAAACUAAAUUUAAUGAUUAAUUAAUUUCUUUUUUCAUUCAAAUAGUUUUUAAGUUUUUACAUAAAUACUUUUUUCGCAACAUAAGAUUGAUAGAUAAGAGAAGAGCCAUGAUAAUGAAGGUGCAUAGAGGGCAUUUUUUAAAAGGUUUGAUUGUGAAAAAUAUUCGAGAAGAUUGAAUCAGAAAACAGAAAUCAUUUUAAGAAUUUGCAUUAGUAAUAUUUAAGAUUCAGAGUUGGGUAAGACAGAAAUAAACUUAUUUUCAUAGUAAAGAAAAAGAAAGAUUUCUAUAUGUUAAAUUGUUAGGAUUCUCUAGUAUUUUUCUACAGAACUGAAGAGAUGAAAAUCUUCACAAAUCGCUAAGAGAAAAGCGAAAGAGAAAUGCAAGAAAAGUAAUGUUUAAAUUUAAGUUGAAGCUUCGGCCAAAGUAACGUAAUCACACUUUCACAUUAAGUUCAACAUUUUAUCUCAGAAAUUCAUGAAUACAAUUUUUUUUACUUAAAACAUUUGAAGAUUGAAAUUCACUUGAAAUUUGUCUUAAAGUUUCUCACUGAAUCCUGAAACUUCCUUCGUGUCAAAAGAAAAACGUAAGAAGUGCAGAAGUUUUAUGUUUAAUUUUUUUAUAAAACUUAAUUUCGACCGACAAAUUAACAGAAGAGAAACAAAACAUUGAUGAGAAAAUAUUAGUUAUGUAAGGUUUUAUGAUUAAAGAAAAAAAAACAUUUCAAUCAUGAAGAUUUAAGAUUUUCACUGAAUAAGCUAAAAAUCAGCUCUAAGAUAUUAUAAAGAUUGAAAUUUAAGAUGAAAGAACUUCAAUAAACUUGAUAAUAAAAGAAAACUCGAAAAAUUGUUCAAUUUAGAAAACAAUAAGUUAAGAUAGAAACAAGAAUUGUACA